AUGGAGAAACAAGCGGGCAUCUUUGCUGCGACCAACGUUAUUAAAGAUGAUUGGGGAGCAGUGGCAUUUGAAGCGUUGGUAGAGAAGUAUGAGAAGGAGUUUGCAGCGCAAAUGGUCCAGCAUCGACAUCUGGCAGAAGGGUGGGACUUUAGUGAUCCCGACGAGGUUGAAAAGGCUGUUGCAAUACGUGAGCUCCAACACCGCGUGGUAAACGAGCUAUUGAACAUCUCCAGAAUCACUUUGCCAGCUUUGGUCUUAACAUCCAUCAAACUUCUCGUCCAAAUUGUGUCUGCGACCUUACAAAGCACAGUUUCUGCUUGCAUCGACUCUGCUCAAAUUCAUCUGGAACGCGGGACGCAGGAAUCAGGCAAUGCCUAUGUCUUCCGGCCAGUCGUCGAAGCACUUGACGCCCUGUGGCGUGGGAAAAAGCAGGGCGCGGUCUUGUUCGUCGCCAGCGCUUCGGACGACUUCUUCAGUAAUCCGCAAAGCUUUUUCGCUUUUAUAUUUUUGAGCUCUACCGAACGCUGGAUAUCAUCUACAUCGUUCACGGAGGAGCCUCACGUCGUUUCGUAUCACGGGACUCUCGAACAUCCUUCGAGCGAUCUAGCAAAUCGAUCAGGGCACAAAGAAAAGACAAUAAGGAGCACAACUCCGGAAAUUGUCUCCAGUGUCGCAACCCGGCCGAAACAUUGA